CUUUGCCAUAGAUACUACUAGUAAUCGAGCAUCAUGCCGUCGAUCUUGCGCCAUGUCCACACUGCCAAGCGGCCGCAUCCAUCGAACCAAGUGCAUGUCGGUGGCACGGACACGUCCAAAGCUGCGCUGCAUGUCUCGAACCAACUACACACGACAUCCCCGCAACCCCAAUCCCUUGCUCCUCUUGUCCACCACCACCUACCUGCUCCUCCCACGACUACCUCUUCAGCGACCAACGAUGGCAGUGAACCGUUCGGAACGAUCCUUGGGACGUUUGAAGGUGUCGACGUCAAGUCGUGCUUGCUUCCUGACAACAAGUCAGCCCUUGACAUGGAACGCGCGACAUUCCAAGGGCAUUGCACGGGGGUGCAAUGGCAAUGCGUCGAGCUCGCGCGGCGAUAUCUGUUGCAGCACCACCGCAUCACAUUCGACUGCAUCCCCACCGCGCACGACAUGUUUGACGCGGCCGUGUUCCGCCACGCCGCUUCUCGGUCAUUAGUUCCGACGCGACGGGUUCCCCAUGGCACGGCGAAAUCUCGACCGACUAAGGGUUCGUUACUCCUUUGGAAAGCAGUGGGUCGCCAUGCUCCAACAGGUCACGUCGCCGUGGUCGUCGAUGCCACCGACACCCACGUGGACAUUAUCGAGCAAAACUUUUGCUUCUCCAAAUGGCCCGAAGGGCGGCGGUAUUCACGGCGGCUUCCCCUCGCGCCGCCAUCCCACGACAAUGCGUAUGUGGUGGCCACGCAGUAUGACGACGAAGAGUUCCACGGGUGGAUCUCCGUCAUAUAAUCAAUGUUUCC